AAUAAAAAAAGGGGAAGACAGCCUUAUCCUCAGCCACGAACCGCCCCUCAGUCCCUUGCACACCAUGGCCGCUGCCUCAGCUUCGCUUCUCCACCUCGCGACCCCGACCCUGACUCGCUCCACUCGCCUCGCCGUCCGCCUCCCCAGCGCCCAGCUGUCGCGCUGGCCAUCGGGGGCACGCAUCGCCGCCGCGCAGCCGCCGCGGGCGUACAAGGUGACGAUCGAGCACGGCGGCGAGUCGCGGGUGGUGGAGGUGGAGGAGGACGAGACGAUCCUGUCCCGCGCGCUGGACGAGGGCCUGGACGUGCCGCACGACUGCAAGCUCGGCGUGUGCAUGACGUGCCCGGCGCGGCUGGUCUCCGGGACGGUGGACCAGAGCGACGGCAUGCUCAGCGACGACGUCGUCGCGCGGGGGUACGCGCUGCUCUGCGCCGCGUACCCGCGCUCCGACUGCACCAUCCGCGUCAUCCCCGAGGACGAGCUGCUCAAGGUCCAGCUCGCCACCGCCGACGACUGACUGACGCUCCGCCGAUGACCAGCGGACCGGCCAGCAGGCAUCAACCUCCGGCGGUGUAAUGAUGUCCCUGAGACUUGUACACCAUUGUUGACUAGUAGCACUAGUGACAGAGCUUUUCUCGAGAAUAGAUGCUGUGUGAUAUGCCUCUCUGCCAAAUUUCUGGUAUCCAAAUCGAGCAUUUCGCGA